AACGUUAACACAUAGCGCAUGACAUGCAUGUACUUUCCCUGAUCACUGACAACAUUUUACAUUGCACUCUCAGGUACUGUUGGGACUCCACUGUGGUUGUUUGGGACAAUCUGAGGAACCUCGCCUGAUAGACCUGACAUGGACUAUGGAGGAGGGAAUGAACAUGUACCCAACGCACGCAGAAUAUCGCUUCACCAUUGUUUACAGAGGUGAACUGGCUCCUGGGUACCCCGAGUCCUAUCUGGAGUCCAACAACCUCUUCAUGUCUGAACAUACGGGAACUCACCUGGACGCGCCUGCUCACUUCGUGCCUGGGGCCUGGAGACUUGACGAGAUCCCGCUCGGUCACCUGACCGGCCCGGGAGUGGUGGUGGACGUGCGGGACAAGAUCGGGAACAACUCGGACUACGCCAUCACACAACAGGACUUACAGGACUGGGAACGGCAGUAUGGGCGCAUCCCUGACGACAGUAUUCUCCUGCUCCGUACAGGCUGGGGGGAGUGGUUCUGGGAACAAGGACCCCAGGCUUUCCUUGGCACAGACACUGAAGACGUCAAUCUGGUGCAUUUCCCUGGUCUCCACCCAGAGGGCGCUCAGUGGCUUGUAGACAACCGUAAUGUUAGGAUGGUCGGUUUAGACACCAUGAGCCCUGACACCGGUGAAGCUAGUGCCAAGGCGCCUCUGGUCCACCGAAUCCUUCUGCCCAACAACGUCCUCAUCCUGGAGAACGUUGCCCACCUGGACAAGAUGCCCCCUACCGGUUCCACCGUGUACGCCAUGCCCAUAAAGAUCGGCCAGGGAAGCGGAGCUCCUGCUCGGGUCUUCGCGAUCGUGGACGGAAGAACCAGCACAGCGGGGCUAUCGACGCCAAACUGGGCCGCCAUGUUGUCUACUCUGCUCAUCUUGGCUGUUAUGUAAAAUGAUGCUCACGUGACGUUUCAAUUUUCGUCUUUAGGAUAUCAACAUAACGAUAUCAACUGAUGAGCAUAAUGACCUUUAAUAUCAUGCACACAAAAAAGAUACCUGUGGCUAUAUUUUGCAUUGAUUGUUUGCGUACACUACAUAAUGUUUGUAACGCCGGCCAAAAAAAGCAAAGUUUUUAUAUGAUUAUUUUGAGGUUUUCUAAUGUGAUUUUGUUCUCUCAGUAAUCUCAUUUGUGAAAUAUUCCAAACAUAUGAAUGGCAUCCCAGGAGAC